CGUGGCCUUGUAUAAUCUAAGCAAAGGACAAAUUUACCUCUUCUGUGAUUUCUUUUGAAAUUAGCAAUGUCUGAGCCCGUUAAAGUAUUGGUCACCGGUGCUGCUGGUCAGAUUGCAUAUUCAUUGUUAUACUCUAUAGCCAAAGGAGAUGUCUUUGGCGAUAAACAACCGAUUUCGCUUGUUUUGCUCGAUAUUGAACCAAUGAUGGCAGUACUGGAUGGAGUUGUUAUGGAAUUACAAGACUGUGCUCUGCCAUUACUCGCAGACGUCAUCCCGACAGCCGAUGAAGCAGCAGCGUUUAAAGAUAUUGAUGUGGCUCUGUUAGUAGGAGCACAGCCAAGACGACAGGGAAUGGAAAGAAAAGAUCUUUUGAAAGCAAACGUGAAGAUCUUCAAGUCCCAAGGUGCUGCUUUGGAUGCACAUGCUAAGAAAACUGUCAAAGUUGUGGUUGUUGGAAACCCUGCCAAUACCAAUGCUUUGGUAAUUUCUAAAUUUGCUCCAUCAAUACCAAAGGAGAAUUUCUCUUGUUUAACAAGACUGGAUCAAAACCGAGCACAAGCUCAGGUGGCAAGCAAACUGGGCAUUUCAAAUGAAAAUGUACAGAGAACAAUAAUUUGGGGUAACCACUCAUCAACACAGUUCCCUGAUCUAGCUCAUGCUGUUGUCCAUGUAAAUGGUAAACUGAUGCCUGCUCAAGAGGCUAUUAAAGAUGAUAAUUGGGUGAAGAAUGAUUUUAUUAAGACAGUGCAGACACGCGGUGGGGCAGUCAUUCAAGCUAGAAAGUUAUCCAGUGCCAUGUCAGCUGCUAAAGCUAUCUGCGAUCAUGUAAGAGAUUGGUGGUUUGGUACCGGUGAAAGAUGGGUUUCAAUGGGAAUCAUUUCUAAAGGUGAUUAUGGUAUACAACAAGGUCUGAUGUACAGUUUUCCUGUACAGAUUGGUACCGACAAAGUAGUACAGGUUGUACCAGGUUUGACCAUUAGUGAUUUCGCAAGAGAAAAGAUGGAUGCUACCCAAGCUGAGCUUGUAGAAGAGAGAGAUUGUGCUUUUUUAUUUUUAGAAGCUUGACUAUGCAAUUUAUAAGCUGUUCAGUAGGCCUAUUGGUAUUUAGUGAAUACAUUGUGACUGUCUUACAGUAGAACAUUGACCAAAAAUUUGUCUUAACCAGAAGUAAGGUUAUAUCCAGUAUGUUAUAUCCGGGACUAUAUUUGUUUGAUAAGGAUCAGUAUAUAUGUGUGAUUUUUUUUUUUUUACAAAGAAAAGUACCGUAUUGUUAUAUGAAGCAUCAUAGAAUAUUUUUAAGAAAUUUAGCAUUGAACCUGAAAUUUUGAAAUUGAAGUGAUUGUUGAAUGUAAUGUAGAUUUUGUUGAUUUAUACACAAUGUACUUAUUGAAUCCAUCAGAGCUUUGUUAUGAUUAAAUGAAAACUCUCAAAAGUU